AUGGAAGUUUCAAGCAAGAUUCUCAGAAGAUCAAUUCACAGUUUUCUUCAAAACUAUCAUUAUUUCACCUCAACCACAGCUUUUCUAGCCUUUCCAUUCUCAGCUUCAAUACUCCUCUCACAAGCUUUUGUCCCUUCUACUUCAUCCCUCCUACCUCAAAUAUACAAUCACCUAAGAACCCUGUUUGAUGCUGCAGGCUUUCCCUCAUCAUCACAAUUGUUUACCAUUCUUAACCUUAAAGUUUCUCAAACAAUCACUUCCUCAAUAUUCACCCUUCCUUUCACCCUCACUUUUCUCCUCAUUGCAAAAGCAUCCAUAAUUCUAGCUCUUAAUCAACAUAAACCAACUUUGCCACCUUCCUUCACUUCUAUAAUAUUCCAUUACAAGCCACUCCUCCACACCUAUAUCUUCAACUUUUUCUUCAUUCUCUCUGCAUAUGCAACUUCUUUUUGCAUCCUUUUUUUCGCAUACGGCUUCGCGGAAGGGCUAGGAUACUCUUCCCCAAGUUGCAUACUUUUACUCUCAGCUGCAGCUGCAGUUCUCUUUUCAGUGAUCCUUGCCAAUGCACUUGUGGUAUGCAACAUGGCACUGACUCUAUCUGGAAUGGAGGCACAUGGAGGGUACAUGGCAAUUCUGAAAGCUUGUGUUCUUCUAAGGGGAAGAACAUCAAUGGCUUUGUUACUAGCAUUGCUUGUCAAUGUAGGCUUGGCUUCCAUUGAGGCCUUGUUUCAAUUCCGGGUUGUAAGAGCCUAUCAUAUUGGUGGAAAGUCAUGGCCUUCUAUGGCAUUAGAGGGCAUUUUCAUUGCUUACUUGUACUCAAUUCUCAUCAUCAUUGACACAAUUGUUAGCUGCAUGUUUUACAAAAGCUGCAAGAUGGGAUCAUGGGUUGAUCAGGAAGACAAACUUUUGUCGAGGAUCGAAUUCCCUGAUGAGGACAGUAAUGGUUACAUGGGAUUCAAGAAUUUUGAAGAACUUCCAUAA